GCCUCUCGCUCUUGCUCCGCCCCCAGGCUGCCCGCUACGCAGCUUAACAGCGUUUGUGCUGUACGCUUAGGCCUGGAAAGAACGCGCGGCGGAUAACCGAGCGGACUGUCAGAACCAUGUCUGGCUGUGACGCUCAAGGAGACUGUUGCUCGCGGCCAUGCGGCGUGCAGGACAAGGAACACCCCAGAUUCCUGAUCCCAGAACUUUGCAAACAGUUUUACCAUCUGGGCUGGGUCACUGGCACUGGAGGAGGAAUUAGCUUGAAGCAUGGCAAUGAAAUCUACAUUGCUCCCUCAGGCGUGCAAAAGGAACGCAUUCAGCCAGAAGAUAUGUUUGUUUGUGACAUCAAUGAACAGGACAUAAGUGGGCCUCCAGCAUCUAAAAAGCUGAAAAAAAGCCAGUGUACUCCUCUUUUUAUGAAUGCUUACACCAUGAGAGGAGCAGGUGCAGUGAUUCAUACUCACUCUAAGGCAGCUGUCAUGGCCACCCUUCUGUUUCCAGGACGGGAGUUUAAAAUUACACAUCAAGAGAUGAUCAAAGGAAUAAGGAAAUGUACCUCAGGAGGGUAUUACAGAUACGAUGAUGUGUUAGUGGUACCCAUUAUUGAGAACACUCCUGAGGAGAAGGACCUCAAGGAACGAAUGGCUCACGCCAUGAAUGAGUACCCAGACUCCUGUGCAGUACUCGUCAGGCGUCAUGGGGUGUACGUGUGGGGAGAGACGUGGGAGAGAGCAAAAACCAUGUGUGAGUGCUAUGACUACCUGUUUGACAUUGCUGUCUCCAUGAAGAAGAUGGGAAUGGAUCCAACGCAGCUCCCAGUCGGAGAAAAUGGAAUUGUAUGAGCCAAGUGGAUGCCUGAGUAUCUUCAAGGAUGAAACCAACCUAAUUAUGCCUUAAAUAAAAUUUGACUGCUUUUAAA